GAACUUCAAGAUGCCUUAGUUAAUCGGGUGCCCCCAUCAAUCUAGACUUUAUAAACUGCCCUUGUGCCAUUUUCUUGUAUUCAUAGAGUUUUGUCUUUCUUUCAUCUUUCAUCCAUCAUGUCCCGGCACUCUGUCGAUUCGCUCUUUUCCAAUUGUGCUGGUCCCCUAGCGUCACCAGCGUCGUCGCACUUUGAUAUUACCAGCCAUGAAAAGCCCAACACCAAUAGUUUGAAGAUUCAUAUGACCCUGGCAUCCCGGGCCACCGCCAUACGACUUCGCAAAGACAAGCUUAAAGGAUUAGCAGACUUGGUGAAAGUAGUGGAGGCCAAGUUUUGCCUGUUUAACCAUUUGUACUUGGAUUUUGCAAACAAAGACCUCAAGCCGAUGGCGGUGGAUAUGUUUUUACAGGAUAUUAUUAUGGAGUAUAUUCUGGCAAAGGACCGGAUAUAUAUCCGGGUGGAGUAGGCAAGAGGGUGGUAUAGUUUAUAGAUAAUAGUGGACAAUUGCGUCCCAGGGUAUAAUUUAGAAGGUUUGGAAAUGUACGGUACGAAGUCGUAAAU